AUAUUUUUUUACUUUAUGAAGAUAUUCUGCCACACCUGCUGUUCAGGUAAACACACCUGGGCCCGGAACACAAAGGUUUUACAGGCGCAUCAGCCUCCAACAACACAAAGAUCCAAGGUUGUUGUGACGUCACUGUGUACAUAUUGCGUCAUAAGUACACAAGAUGAGCAUCUGAGCGCCAUGGCCUCUAACGGGAGCGGGACGGAGGCGCUGGGCACGCGCCUGGCGGAGGAUCAGCUGCGCGUGCUGGAGGAGAAUUUCUCUCGCGGGGGCCGGAACCCGGACGGAGCAACGCUCGCGCUCAUCGCUGCUGAAUGUGGACUCAGUGAGGAGGAGACGCUGAAAUGGUUCAGGAUGCGUAACGCUCAGUGGAGACAAGCAGAGGGACUGCCUGCUCAACCGGGAUCAGUCAAAGACUGAAGACAAGCGAGAAGCUCUCUAUCUCUAUACGCACACCUCCUGCCGCUAGUCCUCUCUAUCCAUCAUCCAUCCCUUUUCUUUCCAUCCAUCCUUCUUAUUCUAUUCAUCCAUCCAGUAUGGGACAGUUCUCUUGCUUUCUCAGCUUUGUGCCCCCUUGGCUAUAUGUGAAAUAAAUGUAUAUUGCACACAUGAAUGUCAUGUUUACAUAAAGAAAUAAACUGUAUAUAUGGUUAUGAGUGAA